AUGCCUCCUGAAAGGUGGCUUGUCCCUGAAGAAGGCUGGGAUGAGCUGGGCAGAGGAGGACUGGUCGGUGGGCCUGUCUGGCCGGGCCCUGCAGAAGGUCAAGGAGCUGCAGGUCCAGCAGGAGAGGCUGAACAGAGAGAGACAGCAGAAACAGCUGCAGCUAGACAGCACACAGACCUCCCUCAACAGACUGUCAAGUAUGAGGAGGUGCGCGGGGAGCUGCAGUGUGUACAGAGGGAGUUACAGGUGGCUCGUGAGGAGGCGCAUGCAGGUGUGUGUGUGCGGGAGCGUCUCUCUCAGGAUCUCCAAGUGAAACAGGCCCAGGUGUGUUCACUGGAGGGACAGCUGGGCUCGGCACCAACCCUCACACACACCCUCCAAAAGGAGGUCAAAAGGUUGGAGGCGGAUCUAGAGAAGUUACAGAACACUAGAAGCUCUGGAGAAUCCAUGUUGUUUUCCACCCCAUGCUGGAGUAUGACAUCACCACGGGACCACAAUGGUGGGAGACAGGAGGAAAGGCAGGGAUACAGCGGUGGCGAGGGGGAUACAGCGGCGGCGAGGGGGACAAUAAAGCACUACACGUCAAACAACAGCUCAAGUUCUCAGACCCUGGCGUCUCGCCCACGCCCCCACAACAACAAGCCAAGGGCACGCCCCACCGGCGUCCGUCCCACCAAUCAGACUCCUCCACUCCCUCGGCUGUGUUUCCGUGGGAACGGGACGACCAAAAGCCUUCCACCAGGGAACGACUCGCUCCUCCUCCAUCUCCCUCUCUCCCCUCCAGCAAUGUCAUCAGACGAGGACAGGAUGCUGGGGGUUGUGGGAUGGUGGAGGACCUCAGGAGAGAGCCAGACAGUACGUGUCACUUUGUCACCUUUGUUAUCACUUAUUGCCAGUUCAGUCAUGUGUUCUGAUGUCAGACUCCACUCCAAGCACCUUGGUUUAUCAUAUACUGUAUGUCCCAACAUCAUAUAUUUGAUACAUUCUGAUGUCUGGCUUCAAAUCUCUCUCUAGUAUUUCCAAGAAUCUGAGGAUUUGUUUCCCUUAGUAGGGCAAUAAUAUGGGUUGCAUUUGUUUCCCUUAGUAGGGCAACAAUAUGGGUUGUAUUUGUUUCCCUUAGUAGGGCAAUAAUAUGGGUUGUAUUUGUUUCCCUUAGUAGGGCAAUAAUAUGGGUUGUAUUUGUUUCCCUUAGUAGGGCAAUAAUAUGGGUUGUAUUUGUUUCCCUUAGUAGGGCAAUAAUAUGGGUUGUAUUUGUUUCCCUUAGUAGGGCAAUAAUAUGGGUUGUAUUUGUUUCCCUUAGUAGGGCAAUAAUAUGGGUUGUAUUUGUUUCCCUUAGUAGGGCAAUAAUAUGGGUUGUAUUUGUUUCCCUUAGUAGGGCAAUAAUAUGGGUAUAUUAGUUUUUUGAGUGCUGGUUUGGGGCAGGCAGGAUGCAGUUAAAGUUAAACCAGUAAAGACAGCUAGCUUCCUUUGACAGCAGGAGGGCAGAGGGAGACACAGUCCAAUGUUUGCUUUAGGUGUGAGUCAUAGAGAGUGUGUUCUAGCCUGAAUACCCCCCAUUGUCUUUCCUGCUGGUCGGCUGACAGCUAUAUGCAGUGCUGGGCUUUGUGUCAUCCUGUAUGGCUCCAGAUACAUUUAAUUACUGGCCUUUCAGUACAGACACUGCGUUCCUCAACAGAGGAGACAAGACUGCUCAAAUGUACUGUGAAAUGAGCUUAAAAUGGAUUUCACAUGACUUGUGAACCUGGGUCUGUAGUGACACUGCGAAGCAGUGCCUUAGACCAGGGGUUCUUACACGUUUUCAGUCUGCAACCCAAAAUGAGAAAUUCUGUGUUUUCCUGGGAGACAAGCUUGGAAAAAUAUGCAUCUAUAUGAAAAUAUCGGUACAUUUCAUUGCCUUUAUGCCUAAAGAAAAUGCAAUACAGACAAAUAAAUAACAAUGAAAUACCCA